CCCAUAGUUUCCUCUCGCUUUCGUGCUGAUACUUCCGCAUUUCUCUAUUCCCCCUUUUUACUUCUCUUCUUCCCGCCACCGUCCCGCUUGAUCUUCCCGGCCUUCUUUCUUCGUUCACCUACUCUUCGUUUUCGUCGUUCAUUUAGCGCCGGUGCCGCCUUUUGGCCACGAGUUUCGGCUGUUUCUAGCUGAUUAUACCAAGAAAAUAACCAGUCCUGCAUACAGGUCUCUGAUAUAUCCUUUUUGGGAGCUCAAAUAUGUCAAGUGGCCUUGGACUUGAAUCUCUUGUAGAUCAAACUAUAUCAGUUAUCACAAAUGACGGACGCAACAUAGUGGGAGUACUGAAAGGCUUUGACCAAGCUACAAAUGUUAUCCUAGAUGAAUCUCAUGAACGUGUCUACUCGACAAAGGAAGGUGUUCAACAACUUGUGCUGGGCUUGUACAUAAUAAGGGGCGACAACAUAAGCAUUGUUGGGGAGCUGGAUGAAGAGCUUGAUUCUAAUCUUGAUUUAUCAACACUGAGGGCUCAUCCCCUUAAGCCUGUCAUCCACUGAUCGACCUGGAAAAUUGUAGAGCUGUUAUAGACUAAGCGAGCGAUUACCUUAAAACAAUUGUCAGAACAUGUAGGUAUAUUAAAACGAGAAUUCUGUGCUAUAAGCCUUUGAAAGUGCCGAAUAUUCUGUCUGCAGCGGUUUUGCAAUAUUUUUUGUUUGGUCAUUAUUUGCAGUUGUGAGAGCUUUCAGUCCUGUUCUAAUAGAAAUGAACAUUACCCAAGUGUCGAUCAGUUAACUAUUCCAUGAUCUAAUUAUAAGAACAUGUUGCGGAUA